AUGGUGGUGUGGCAACAGUGGUCGUCCAUUUUCAAGGGCGUCGCGACGCCGUCUACUGUCCCGUCGACACUGAUUGUACGCACGCGAUACUGCCACCUGGGACCCAUAACAAUCGCACCACCUUUGAAAUCCAAGGGGUGCCGCAUUUGGAUAGCGCUUGAGCGAAAAUCAACUUCCGCAUCGCCCCAACAGAUUGGGUCCUCGGAAACCGUGUCGUGUGUUGUUGUGGCUCACACGUGUUCCGGACACGACACCGGCAACGCAUGCCAAGUGGGCCGUCCGUACACCUCUCCCGGUCCUGGCCUGCGCCAAGCGACGCCAAUCGGCACUAAUGUACUCCGGCCACUGUCCUCCGGCCCCGUUCGUGGGCUGGUGACGCACUCG